GCGUUCUCCCCGAGGGAGGGGGGUGGGAGAGUAAGGCGCCCCCUUGUGCGCUCUCGCGCUGCGGCCUCCUGCUCCUCUCCCGCCUCUUUCCGUUCUAACGCCCCCUCCCUUGGCUUUCCGGCCUAGAGACGUUACCAAUCAUAGAGCGCUUCAUGGAAAAGGGGGUGGGGUCUGGGAGAUUCGAAAGGUGCCCCGCGCCUUUGGGAUCAAUUCCCGCGACUAGCUUAAGAAAAAGGGUCCGCGGACUGCGCAAGGUGGGGGUCCUGUGAGCCGAGUGAAGUGGGGGGGGCGCGCGAAGGGUUGGCGUGGGGCAACAGGUCUGGUGGCGACGGGGAAUUGGAAGUGACGGGAGAAAAGUUCUGGCUCAAGCUGACCCAGAUCCUGCCAACUACAACAUGGAGAAUUUGGAGGAAGACGUAAAGUUUAUUGUGGAUGAGACAUUUGAUUUUAGUGUGCCAUCACCUUCUGACAGCCGCGAAGAGGAAGAGGCUCCUGACCUGGUGAUUCCUGAGCGGCCACCUAGGCGGGGCCUGGCCCACCGGAGUGACCUGAAUGUAGUGGCUGAAGAACCUCAGGGGUUAAGGCUAAGUUUGGGCCCUCUCAGCCCUGAGAAGUUGGAGGAAAUUCUUGAUGAGGCCAACCGUCUGGCAGCUCGACUGGAGCAAUGCGCCCUGCAGGAGAAGGACACUGGUGGUGAUGGCAAGGGGCGGCGGGUGAAGGCCAGUCCCCGACGUGAGACAUUUGUGGUGAAGAACAGUCCUGUCCGAGCCCUGCUGCCCACUGUGAGCUCUCCUGUCCGGGGGGCCUCUUCUCCAGGAGGCCUGACCCCCCGACUCCGGAGCAGUGAGAAGAAGGGGUCAAGCAGGGCGCUUCGAGCCACAUCUGGAAAGAAGCCUUCUAGCACUAAGAAGGAGGCGCCCACUGGCAGUGUGCUCCCCACCACAAGAAGUCAGUCUUCUCCCAUCAGCCGGAUUGCCCCCCCAACCCGGGGAAAAGCGGGGCCCAGUGGGAGAGCACCUGCUGCUGGCUUAGCUUCCGCCACAAGGCCAGCCCUUGCCCUACAACUUCCCCCAAACACCCUUCAGCGCCCAGCCCGGACUCAGGGUCCAGCUGUCAGGCCCAGCAGGCUGCCCACGCCUACUGCCAUCCCCAAACCUGCCAGCCAGGCCCUGCUCUGCAGCAGAAGUCCCCUGUCUGGGAAAGGCAGCCUGCCCCUAGAAACGGCUCCGCCUCGGAAAGGGCCAUCUAGACCCAGCACAGCCGGACACCGAGGUCCUUCUACCCCGAGGUCAAAUCUUCCAGUCUCUGCUGCCUCCCGAAACCAUCUACAGUCCCCCAAAAAGGUGACAAUCCCUGGACUCACCAGGUAAUGAGAUCAGUCUGGCCUGUGAAAACAAACCUUAGGACCAAACCACUCCAAAGAGCAGCUGGGCUCAGGCCAUGCUUUCAAGCCACCUCUCUCUCCAGCUUUUAAGAGGCAUUGCGGCCAUCAUUACCACCCAUUACCAAAGGUCCUGGACCUACCUGACCCUGAUGCCUUAGCUGUAGAGAGCCUUGAGGGAGAGGGGAAAUCUUGCUUUAGUUGAAUGAAGGGAAAGUAUUUCUGGGCUGAAAGAGUAGGGAGACAGUUUUGUUUCCUGAAGUGAAAUAUAACCCCUCCAGCCCCCACAAAAGAAAAAAAAAAGUGAAGAAUGAAAGUAACCCCUUCUCCCAUCCUAUCUCCACACGACCAUUCAGCUCUAGAUUUGGUUGUUCAGGUGUUAUUUGGCUGGGGAAAACUCUUACAAAGUGCCCAUUUCCAUGGUCUCUCUGUAUCUUACCUUCCAGAAGAGAGAGGUGUUUCGUGAAUCACAUCUACCACCGGACUCGGUAUUGGCUUGAGUCUAGCCAAGCCAGGUUCUGUCUUUCCAAAAUCUGUCUUCUGUAAAUACUUUUUAGCUCCUAAAGGACCAGUUUUAUAAAUUGCAUACUGUUUUUUCUUUUUUAAAAAAAGCAUUUUACAGGCAGCUAGGUGGUACAGUAGAUGUAGUACUGGCCUUGGAGU